GCCGCGGUGGCUCCCGCGCUCCCGGCAACCGGCGGCACCCGCGGGGCGGCGGACGGGGCCCGCGCCACGGAGUGGCACCCAUGGCAGGAGCCGUGCUCAUCGGGGACCAGCUCAUUCUGGAAGAAGACUACAAUGACUCCUACGUUCCUAUGGAACAGGAAAUCCGGGAUUUUGCACCAACAAUUGGGAUUGACCCUGACAAGGAAUCCGAGCUGCUGUGGCUGGCCAGGGAGUGCCUGGUGACCCCAAUGCCCCCCGAGUGGAAGGCCUGCCAGGAUAUCGCGGGGGGUGACAUCUAUUUCUUCAACUUUGAGAGUGGCCUGUCCACAUGGGAGCACCCCUGUGAUGAGCACUACAAGCAGCUGGUCAUCCGCGAGAGGGAGAAGCUGCUGGCACGGGGCAGCCUGAAGAAGGAAAAGAAGGAGAAAAAAGAGAAGAAGGAAAAGAAGGAAAAGAAGGAGAAGAAAGAGAAGAAGAAGGACAAGAAGGAGAAGCAGCUCCUGAAGCAACUCCCUCCCCCAGGCUCCCAGCUGGCCCCCAUCCAGCCUCCCCUGGGCAGCCUCUCUCCUCUCCGUGGGCUCACCCCACCUUCCUCCAUCGCCCUCCGCGGGGCCCUGAGCCUGGACCUGGGGAACGUGGUGGACUCCAGCCUCGCCCCCAAGGAAGGAACGCUGCCUGCAGAGAUCCCGAAGCCCACCAGCCACAGCAAGAACCUGCUGGAUUUGAUCUGUGAAGAGAAAAGUUCCUUGAACGUGGCAGUGCCAGAGAAAUGGACAAAUGAAGAUGAAGAGAGUGAAAAUGAGAGUUUCCCUGGGACCUCGAGGCUGUUAAAAAACGUGUACCUGGAUGUGGAAGCCCUGGCAGGCAGCUUUGACUUUGAGCUUUCAAAGGCAUCCGGGGUCAGUGGUUGUGAGCAGGACCUGCCAGUCUCCAAGAGCUCCGACCAUGAGGUGCCUCAGCCUGUGGGCUGGGACUCCAAGAGCCAGCUCUCCCAGGAGGCUCUGGGUGUGGGGACUGUGUCUCCUGAUCUGGACAGCCCCAGGUGCAAGGCCCAGGAACUGGGAGAAGAGGACAAAGACCAGAGCAAAGCCAGUGUAGAGGAAGAGCAAAGGAAAGGAGCAGAAGCUGCUGAGAGUGAGAGGGAUCCCAGUGCUGCUGAGACACCCCUGGGUCGCUGGGGGGUAGAAAAUCCCCGUGGGGAGGAGGCUGUGCAGCAGCAGGAGGGAGCCCUGGACAGCCUGGUGGAUCCUGAGGAGCUUCCUGCCCCACAGAACGUGCACCCUGAGAAGGAAACUGAGCAGUCCUUGAGCCAGCCUCUCGAUGAAUCCCUGGAGGAAAUAGUCAAGGAGGUGGAGACAGAGCUGGAGCAAGAGGAAAUACAUUUAUUUCAAGCAAAGGGGGAGAAAACCCAGCAAUUCCAGGAGGAGAUGAGGCAGAAGGAGGAGGAAGCUGAAAAGCUUCUUCAGCAAAAAGAAAAGCCCCUCAGCACUCCAGAGGAAGAUUUAGCAAAAUCUGAGCAGGAAGAGGAAGAGGAAGAGUUGCUCCUCAGAGAGGAAAAAGCCAAGAGACUCGAAAAGCUGCGAGCCCAAAUGGCCUCAGAGGUGGAGGCAGAGGAGGAGAGGCUGAGGGCAGAGCAGGAGGCCACGCUGCAGAAGCUCAGGGAAGAGUGGCAAUCCCAGCAGCUGCUGGAGAAGGAGAGCCUGCAGAGGCAGCAGCAGCUUGCCCUGCAGGAAAUGAAGCUGGCAGCAGAGGAGGCCCAGCAGAAGGAGAUGAGUGAGCUGGAACAGGAGCAGGAGGAGUUCCUGAGCCAGCUCAGGGACAGGCUGGACAGGGAGAAGAAGAAGGCAGCAGAGGAGCUGGAAGAACAGUUUGCCAGUGAGCUCCAGCAGCUGAGGGCUGCAGCAGAGGAGAAGCACCGUGAGGUCAUUGCCAGCCUGCAAGCCCAGCUGGCAGAGGCACAGAGCAGCCAGGAGGCCCAGCUACGUGAGGAGCUGCAGAAAGCAGAUCAGAAAGUGCAGGAAAAAGCCCUUAAAGUGAAGGAAUACGAGCGUGAGCUCAGCGAGCUGAUGAGCGACAGACGGCGGGAGGUGGAGAAGGAGCACGAGAGGAGAAUGGAGAGGAUGAGAGAGGAGCACAGGGAGGCCCUGGAGCGGAUCCAGGAGCAGUACCAGGAGGAGGAGCACAGGCAGAGGUCGGAGCUGCUGGAGGGGCUGCGCAGCGAGGCCGCGCGGCUGCGGCAGCUCCACGACACCGACGUGAAGGAGCUGCAGGCAGAGCUGGAGGGGAGGCUGACGGCCCUGCAGCAGAGGCACAGGGAGAAGGAAAGAAAGCUCCAGGAUUCAGAGAACGAGCUUGAGAUCCGCAUGAAGAACAUCCAAGCCAGAUCAGAGCAGCUCCUGAGCCAGGAGGAGUCCCUGCAGAGGAGGAGGCAGCUGCUGCUGGAUGAGGACGGACGGAUGCAGCUGGAGAGAGACGAAGCUGCCCUGGCCUCCCAGCGGCGCCUGGAGGAGAGCAGGAAGGAGCACUGCAGCCUGCUGGAGUCCGUCCGGCAGCUGCGCAGGACCCUGCAGGAGCUGCAGGACCAGAAGGCUGAGCUGGAGGCCCAGGUGGAUUUGCUGCAGAGCCGGAGCCAGAGGCUGCACAAACGCAUUGGAGAGCUGGAGGAAGCAAUCAGGAGCAAGCAGGAGGCUCUGAAAGAACUGGAGGCAGAAGAAAGUGUGGAAUCUCCAAGAAAGAAAGCUGAGCUCUGUGUUGAAGACCUGAGAGAAACUCCUCAAGCUCACUCGUCCAGAGAGCCUUCCCCAGCCUCCCAGAGCCCCGAGGAGAGCGAGCUCCAGCUCGACCGAGUGCAGAGCUACCUCUCGGCCGAGGGGCAGUCCCUGUGGAGCGCCAAGGAGUUCCUGCUGCGCCAGAGCCGCUCCCUGCGCCGGCGGCGCUCGGCGCUCAGGGCUGCCAGCCUGCAGUGGCACCAGGAGCUGCACAGGGCCCAGGGGGCCCAGCAGGAUCCCCACAGCUCCCAGCUCCUGCAGGGAGUGCGCCAGAACCUGCAGGAGGAGGCAAAGGAGCUGGACAAGAUGAAGUCAGCCAUGCAGAAAGGACAGGUGCUGCUGAAGAAGAAGGAGGAGAAGCUCAGCCAGCUGGAGUCCUCGCUGCUGGAGGAGCUCUCAGAUGAAGAUACACUGAAGAGUGCUGCGUGCAGGAAGGUGGUGACGUUUGAUCUGAGCACCUCUGAGGACACAAACAGCACGUCCAGUGUGAAUCUGGGCCAGUCCAGGUCUGACUUGAGGAUGGAUUUCUGGCCCGUGCUGCAGCAGGACAAGAUCCAGCACCUGAGGGACUCGGUGCAGAGCAUCACCAGCGAGCUCAACGGGGUCCUGGGGCUCCUGGACUCCCUGAGCCAGCACCAGCCCCCUCUCCUCACCUCCACACCCCAUCAGGGCAUCCCUCUUCCCACCUACCCCUCCUUGGCAGGCCUGGGGGGGGGCAGCCCCCUGGGGAACCCCCCCAGGGUGUCCCCCCUGGACCAGUGGGCUCGGGGCAGCAGGCCCAGCUCUGGUUAUCCCAUCCCAGGACAGUCAGUGGACAACAUGCUGGCAGAGAAAUGGCACAGGUAUUUCCCAGGUGGCUCCUCGUGGCUCGGUGGGACUCCUGUGCCCCUGGACAGCAAGCUGGGCUAUGUCCCUGCAGAUGAACAAAUCAGGCUCUUCCAGCAUUCCAAGUUCAGUGAGCCAGAGACAAAGAAUAUUGAGGUGAUGAUUGAGAGCAACAAGAAAUGGCUGAAAGGCUUCAAGAAGGAUUCCAAAGUAGCUCUCUCCCCACGGGCACAGAAACCCCCAGGCAGCACCCCCAGCCUCCUGCAGCUGGGACUGGAUGAAAACAGAGAGAUCAAGGUGUACCACUACUGACAGCUGCCGAGCCGCUCGCCCCUUCCGGCUGACGAGGACGCUGCACUUCAAGGGAGCCCAUCUGUGAGAAACCAUCUUCAAAGCCUUUCUCCCGAGACAGCUGCUGGGGGGAGGCUCUGGAGCUGCUGCCCCACACCCCCUGUGCCGUGAGAGCCCCUGGGGGGUGAGGGUGGGCAGGGGGAGCCCCCAGCUCUGCUCCCUGCGUGCAGCACGCUGGCACACACCGAGAGCCUGGCACGGGGACGUUUACUUGCAAAUAGAAAUACGGAAAUAUUUUUUUGAUGAACACCAUUUUAAUACUCUUAAGAAUGUAUUUAUUUUAUUUUUUCCUUGCUGUUUUUCUAGAAUUUUUGUAAUUGCUCAGUAGCCUUAUUCCUUCCUAGGAAAGGAGGGGUCCAAACACGGGUAUCCCCCUGCUGCUGGAUUGAACAAACCCCUUCCUGUAGGGAUUUGCUUUUAGUUUGCUGCAUGCUCAGAGGACACCUGGCAGUCCUUCCAGCCAGGGGUUUUAGAGACCCCACAGCUGUGGUUGCUGUGGCCCAAGCCAUAUCACUGAGUCCAUUCUGUGUUUUGGGAGAAGCAUGCAUUAAUGGUGCAGGGAAAUGCCAUUUUUAAACAAUAACUUGGUUUGAAACAUGCUCCUUUUUCCUUUUAAAACGCGGGGUAGCAGCUGUAUCUGGUUUUGUAUAAAUUAAAUCAACAUGAGCCUGUUUUGUAUGA